AUGUUCGAUCCAUUAAAGAAUUACAAUUAUGAUCGUAUGAAUCAUUUGGUCCGUAAAAUUGGACAAGAUCAAGAAGAUUCCAACCCUCCAACCAAUUCCGAUCGUGAAUCCAAGGUCUUCUCACAUCAAAAACAACCAUUUAAUGAUCAAAACACAACAAGUGUCAAUUUAAAAUUUGAUGAAUUUAUAGAACAAAUUGAACACUUGAAACCUUUUCUUAAGAAUAUUGAAAAAUUUGUCAUUUCACACAAUGCAUUAGAUGAACAAGUAGUGUCCGAAAGAGUGAGUUCACAAGAGUUAAAGGUUCUCUCACAACGAUGUACAGAACUGGAUAUUAGUUGUAACAAUUUUUCAAACAUUUCACAUGAAAAUUGGAGUUUUUUAAAUGAGGAGGAAUGUGUGUUGAGAAAGUUGGAUGCUCACAGUAAUAGAUUUUCAGAAUGGAUCGUUGCCAUAAAUUCUCAGAAUGGAAAUUGGUUGUCAAAACUUGAAGUUUUAAAUUUAAAUGGCAAUUGUUUGACACAAUUUUUGAAUCCUUCUCUCAUUCAUGAACCUCACACUAUUUUGAGUGCUCUUCAAAUUCUUGAUCUAUCCAAUAAUAAUGUGACAGAUUUGGAGAGUUUGAAUAUGAUUGUGUUGAGUGGGCAUUUAAGGUCACUGAAAGUUUUACACAUGAAAAAGAAUAAGUUGUCAGGAGUUCUAAAGAACACUGCUAUCAACCAUUCGUUCAAGAACACAUGCCUUGAAGAGAUUUAUUUAGAUGAUAAUCAAUUGGAACAAGUCGAAAAUUCAUGGAUUUGUGCAUUGCCCAAUUUGAAAGUACUUUCAUUAGCAUUCAACAAGUUAAAAGAUGUAGAGGUAUUAGAACCAUCUCGCCUUGAAAAGAUUUAUCUACACUCGAACGAAAUCACUAGCUUGGACAAUAUGAAAGGAAUCUUUACUGAUUCUUUGAAAGUUCUCUCGAUCCAUCAAAACCAAAUCACAAACCUGCCAAAUGAAAUUGGGCAUUGCAGUGCCAGUAUAUGUGAGAUCACUCUCUUCAACAAUAAUCUGCAAAGAUUGCCAUCCAAUUUGUUCCAACUUACUCAAAUUGAAACUCUCUAUUUGCAAAACAAUGAACUGUGUGAAAUAUCUGAAGAAAUUGGUAAUUUGCAAAAUUUAACUGAAUUAGAUUUAUUUAAUAACAAACUCACAUCCAUUCCUUCAUCCAUUGGCAAGCUUGUUAAAAUGAAGAGAUUGUGUCUCGAUAACAAUGAUCUAAGAACACUUCCAACUGAUAUCAUUAAUUUAACAAAUCUCAUUUCAUUCAGUUUUCAUGGAAAUUCCAACUUGAAAGUUUCUCCAUAUAUAUCAAUGAUGGCAACAGGAUUGUAA